AACUAUUUUUAUUUACAUUUUCUUUCUACUAAUGUGUGGCCAUUAACUUUUUUAUAAACGUCCAUUGUCCCUUUUCAUUAAACGUUUUGGUGGCUUGAAACCAUGAAAAAUCACAAGAAAUAUGCUAAACUACCCCAAGAUUUAGAUUUAAGUUUUCAAGAACAAUUAGACGCUGUGGACACUGCUGUUGCCGAUGAUUUCAAUUUAAGCGGUUCCGGUUUAGACGAGGACGACGAUAAUAUUCUGGACGAUCAGGAGGACGAAGAAGACGACGACGAGGAGGAAGACGAAAUAGUUAUUGCUUCGGCAGCGGCAGCAGCAGCUGGUCUCAGCGGUUCCGGUGUACGUUUGGCGAGUGCUACGGCUGCGGCCAGGAAACAACAGCUGAAUCGCAAGGUGUUGGCCGGUUUGGGCAGAGAUAGUAUUAUAGAGACGGGUUCAACAUUAACCCCUGAAAUGUUAUUAACCACAGCUGAAUCCUCAACAUUUAGUGCCUCCGAGGUGGCCGGCCGCUUACAAGUCGAUGUACGCUCUGGCCUCAAAUGGACCGAGGCUAAAUACCGGGCCAAAAUCAUUGGCCACAAUGAACUCAACGUUAUCGAAGAAGAACCUACCUGGAAGAAAUAUGCCGAACAAUUUAAAAAUCCUCUCAUCCUACUGCUGCUGGGUUCGGCGGCCGUCUCCAUAUUUAUGAAACAGUUUGAUGAUGCUGUCAGCAUAACCAUAGCCAUUAUUAUAGUGGUAACAGUAGCUUUUAUACAGGAAUACAGAUCGGAGAAGAGUUUAGAGGAGCUUAAGAAAUUAGUGCCACCCGAAUGUCAUUGUUUGAGAGAGGGUAGGCUGGAAACGUUUCUGGCCCGAGAAUUAGUGCCGGGAGAUGUGGUACACUUGAAUGUGGGCGAUCGGGUGCCGGCCGAUGUAAGGCUAUUCGAUGCCAUUGAUUUGUCCAUAGAUGAAUCCAGCUUUACGGGUGAAACAGAGCCGGCUAGAAAGUGCACGGAUUUGUUGUUGAAUAAUACAGGGAAUAAGGAUCAUACGAAUAUGAAGAAUAUUGCCUUUAUGGGCACUUUAGUGCGCUGUGGCAAUGGCAAGGGUAUUGUUGUAAGUACCGGCGAGAGAAGUGAAUUUGGUGAGGUCUUUAAAAUGAUGCAGGCAGAAGAGGCUCCUAAGACCCCACUACAAAAGUCCAUGGACAUUUUGGGGGCUCAACUAAGUUUCUAUUCGUUUCUAAUUAUUGGUGUCAUCAUGCUAUUGGGUUGGUUGCAGGGCAAACCCUUAACGGAAAUGUUUAAUAUUUCUGUAUCCUUGGCCGUGGCCGCCAUACCUGAAGGUUUACCCAUCGUGGUAACAGUUACCUUGGCCUUGGGCGUUAUGCGUAUGGCCAAACGCAAUGCCAUUGUUAAAAAGCUACCCACGGUAGAGACAUUGGGUUGUGUCAAUGUCAUUUGCUCGGAUAAGACCGGAACACUAACCAAAAAUGAAAUGACGGUAACCGUGAUCAUAACCUCAGAUGCCUAUAUGGCGGAUGUAACAGGAGCUGGAUACAAUGAUCAGGGUGAGAUACACAUACGCAAUUGCAACAAUAUAGAAAUGGCUAAAUCCAACAUAACUAAUUUACUGGAAAUCGGAGCAGUGUGCAAUAAUGCCUACAUACAAAAUGGCACUUUACUGGGUCAACCAACCGAAGGUGCUCUCAUUGCUGCCGCCAUGAAGAAUGGCAUGUACGCCACCGCUGAAAACUAUGUGCGCAUUCAGGAGUAUCCUUUCUCCUCGGACCAGAAAAUGAUGGCCGUCAAAUGCAUACACAAGUACAAUAACAACAAAGAGGAAAUCUAUUUUGCCAAGGGCGCCUUGGAUUAUUUAUUGCCUCAGUGCACCAAAUAUCAAUUUGGCACCCAAACCAUGCCUUUGACUAAACAAAAUGAAGCGGAAUUCCUGGCUGAAGCUUAUGAAAUAGGCCGCAAGGGCUUAAGAGUGUUGGCCCUGGCCAAGGGUAAAAAUCUACAGGAUUUAAUUUAUUGCGGUUUGGUGGGCAUUACUGAUCCUCCCAGACCAUUGGUCAGGGAAUCAAUUGAGCUGUUGAUGCAGAGUGGCGUGCGAGUGAAAAUGGUGACGGGUGAUGCACAGGAGACAGCAAUGGCAAUUGCAAGUCUCAUUGGCAUUGAUACCAUACACCAUCAGACACUGUCGGGUCAAGAAAUGGAUCAAAUGAACGAACAUCAAUUGGACAAGGUGGCCAAUAAUGUGAGUGUAUUCUAUCGGGUAUCACCCCGACACAAAUUGGACAUUGUGAAAUCCUUGCAAAGGACCGGCAAUAUUGUGGGUAUGACCGGCGAUGGUGUCAAUGAUGGGGUGGCCUUGAAGAAAGCUGAUAUUGGCAUUGCCAUGGGUAAAAAUGGCACAGAUGUGUGUAAAGAGGCGGCGGAUAUGAUAUUGGUCAAUGAUGAUUUUCAUACCAUAAUAGCGGCCAUUGAGGAAGGCAAAGCCAUAUUCUAUAAUAUACGCAACUUUGUAAGAUUCCAAUUGAGUACAUCUAUUGCGGCUCUCUCUUUAAUUGCUUUGGCUACAUUAAUGGGCAUAGCCAAUCCCUUAAAUGCCAUGCAAAUUCUAUGGAUCAACAUUAUAAUGGAUGGACCCCCAGCCCAGAGUUUGGGCGUUGAGCCGGUGGAUCAUGAUGUCUUGAAACAGAAACCGCGUAAUGUUAAACAGCCCAUGAUUACGAAAUCAGUGAUUGUAAAUGUUUUACUAAGUGCCAGCAUUAUUAUUUUGGGUACCUUGUGGGUGUUCCAAAGAGAAAUGAUCGAUGGCUCGUUGGGUAAGACCAAGCGAGACACCACCAUGACCUUUACCUGUUUUGUAUUCUUCGAUAUGUUUAAUGCUCUCUCCUGCCGCUCACAAACUAAAAGUGUUUUCACCAUAGGCCUGACUUCAAACAAAAUGUUCCUAUUGGCUGUAGGCUUUUCCAUAAUUGGCCAAAUGUUGGUCAUCUAUUUCCCCCCCUUGCAAAUGGUGUUUCAAACCGAGGCAUUAUCUGCCUAUGAUAUACUCUUUUUGCUCUCGCUCACCUCGUCAGUGCUAAUAGUGGCCGAGAUUAAGAAGUGGUUCGAAAGGACCAUGGAACGCAAAAUGUAUAAAACACGUUCAGAGUUGGAUUUUGUAUGACAAAACGAAAGCGCUGGAAGAUUGUUGAAUAAGAAAUCUAAUUAAAUUUUAGACUAAAACAAACAAAAGUAAUAAACAAACGUAUUUAAAUAAAAUUUAAACAUAAUUAAACAAUUUUGAGUUCUUGAUAUGAAAAUAGGCGGUGUUUUUUUUU